UUUAAAUGACCGGGAAGGAGCUGUCGUUUCAGUCAGCUGUGUGAAGGGGGACGGACGCUGCCUGCUAAUCCAGCUAAUCCGGCUAAUCCAACAUGGGUCAUCUCCUAGUACACAACCACCUCCAGGCUCUCCUGCUGAUGUUCAUGGUGGCCUCUCAGUGUCCAACAGUCGGUGGGCUGUUUGAGUGGUUGAAGCAGACACCGGUUGUUCCAGCUUCACCGACUCCACCAGCAGCAGCAGAAGCAGCAGCAUUGGCUCCAGCACUUCUUGCAAAGGAUGCUCACUUUGAAAUGGCCACUGCAGACGAGAAGUUUUUGGCUGAGGCAAAGCAGAUGGAGCUCAGCCCGUUGGACAGCUGUCACCACCGGGUGGUGGCUCAACUGAGGGCGAGCUGUGAAAGUCUCUCAGAAGAGCAGCUUGCAAAGCUCGGCGUGGCACUGUUUAACUGUCAGGCCCAAAGUGAGGGGCGUCACACGUAUCCAUGUACAGACGCAAUGUCCAUAAAGGAGUGCACCGCAGACAUGGACUCAGACACAUGGAAUGCUUACCACAUAGUGAGUAACCGAGCCCGCGCCGUCUGCUACGCCGCUCGCCAGCAGCUCUUUCGCCGCAGAGCGGAACACACCGUCAACGCUCUCAUCUCCACAGCCAGCAGCCAGCUCGAUGCAAUGAAGGACCUGAAGGAAGGUCAGCUGGAGUUAAAGGAACUGACUGCGGCCUCGUUGGAUAAGCUGCUGGAGGGACACGUUGCUCUGCAGGACCAGCAGGGACAAUUAUCUGAAGGCCAGGAGCAACUGGAGAGUUCCCUGAAGGACAACCUGAAGCGCCUGGGUCAGGAGAAGGCCCUUAUUGCCUCUGGACAGGAGAUGGUAGCCCAGCUCAUCCAGGGCAUUACCAAGAAAAUGGAGAACGUGAGUGAGAAUUUGCAGAUUCAGGGCUCCGAGGUCCAGAACAACCACCAGGCGAUUGUGAAGGACCUCACAGAUGUCAGACACCACGCCCACGACAUCUACCAGAAAAUUGACCACAGCAUGUCAGAGUUUAUUCAGUACCAGGACCAGACGUCGCAGUACUACAUCGACCUGAUGGACAAACUGGAGCGCAUGAACAGCACGCUGGGAGUCAUGCUGCGUUACAUCGACAACAUGCAGAGUCGUAUCGAGGAAAGACUUCACAUGAUCCAGGGCUACCUGGGCUGGGCAGGUCUAAGCCUGGCAGCCAUGUGGACGUGCAUUGCACAUGCAGGCUAUCUCGUGCUGUGUGCCGUUCUGCUGACUUUUCUGCGAUGUCCGUGUUUCACCCGGGCGGCGCUGCUGCUCACUGUGCCUCUGAAUGCAGUGGCCGACAUCAACCAGCAGCCGGCACUGGAUCUCGUCAGCCUCAGCCUGCUGCUGCUCUCCCUGUCUCUGGGUCACUGGUUUGUGAGUCAGUUGUGGUGGAGCCUCCGCGUCAGAGAGAAGCCCGCCGUCCUGCUGCCGCUGGCGCCGUGUACGAUUGUGAAACCACAGAAGCAGCCAGUCUCAUCCUGCAGCUCAUAUCCAGCCUCUUCAACCCCACAGAAAUAUGAAAAGCACGGCUUCACAGAGCAUGAUGACUGGCUGAACCAGGACAGCGUCAUAUCAGGUGACUUCGGCUUAUCGGCCUCGUCUCCGACCUGCAGGAAGCUGAUGUCAGAGUCCAGGUUUAUGCCAAUAAUUGACGCGCCAAGUUACUCCACUCCAAGACUCGUACCGCGGCCCCUUUUCUCAGCGGAAUCAGUUGAUAUACCUCCAAGGAACCUGGGAGGAGUCCUUGAUGCAGUGAACGACGACUCCCGUGAUCUAGUGAACGACUCGCGCGGCGCAAGUCCUUCCCCGUCUCUGACCACCAACAGCUCUGUGUCGGGCCGUCAGCUGUGCAAUGGAAUCACAAAAACGGGGAAGGCGUGUAAGAAGAGAGCUGUGCUGGGACACGAGUACUGCAGGGUUCAUGACGGCGGUCUCACCUCGUACGUUCACUCCUGAAAACACUCCACACAGUUUCUCUCACUGCAUCGUAACUGUCCUUUUUAAAUGUUUGUUUUUAUUAUUGCCAUGUUUUUAAAUAUCAAAUGAAUAAAUGAUCUUUACUCAUCUGUA